AUGGCGAAGCGAGUGCAAUUUGACAGAUCUAUCCCUGGUGAAUCGAAACUAGGUCUGCUGCGAACCAGGCAGACACGGCCUCGUGCUCUUUCUAUGAUGCCUCUGACAAGAUCUGCCAGCCAGGAUGAGAUCGGUUAUGAAAAGGCGCCUCUUCUUUCGUCAAGAUCAAAGCAAUCUAGCAGUCGUCAGAGUCGACACAAGUACUAUCCUUUAUCACAAGAGGAAACAUUGGAACUUUUGUAUCUUCUCAACCAGGCAUUUGUGCCUAUUCUAGAACUACCUCCAUCUUCCGAAAUCCCUCCAAAAAACUCCUAUGGUUCUUCUUCAAUAGAAGAGGAAACUGGCUAUCUGUCAUGA